AUGCCAAGACAAGUAAUUUUAACCAGACGUGAAGUUUUUUCAUCAAGUCAUAGAUUAUUUUCAGAUUCUUUAAGUUUAGAAGAAAAUAAAAAAGUUUAUGGAAAAUGUAUAAAUAGUCAUGGUCACAAUUAUACAUUAGAAGUUUCGGUUAAGGGCGAAGUCAACCCAGAUAUUGGUAUGUUUAUGAACAUUACAGAGUUAAAAGAAGUCAUUAAAACUGAAGUUAUGGAUAAAUUAGAUCACAAAAAUUUAGAAGAAGAUGUUCCAGAACUUAAAGGUAUCGUAACCACAACAGAAAAUCUUUCAAUUUUUAUUUGGGAUCAAUUAUAUAAACAUUUAAAAAAUUUUUUAUAUGAAGUUAGAAUUUUAGAAACUGAAAACAAUUUUGUAGUUUACAGAGGUGAAUAA